AACUAUCCCAAAAAGGAAUCAAAAGAGGAAGAAGAAGAAGAAGCACCCAACACCAAAUGAUUACAAUCCCUCCCAAAAAACAAUCUUUUUUUUUGUUUCUAUCCAAAAUCCAUCUGUCUUUUAUUCACCCAUAAAACCUUGAUUUUUUGUUCAUUAUAAAUAUAUAUAUAUAUUUCAUUGUUUAUUUAUUUUCUUGAUGAAUCUUUCAAGAAAAAAGUGACCCAUUACACCAUCAAGAUUAGGGUUCUUGAAAAAUGGGCGGCCACUGGAAUACUAAUUAGGAUCCCUCUCUCUUUAUGUUUGCAAAAUGGUGAGCAAUUUAAUCUUUUUGAUUAGGGGCUAAAGAAAGUUUAAGUCUUGAUUAGGUUCAUACACUUGGUAAUUAAGAAGCUCUUGUUUUGAAAUUUAGGGUUCUUGAAAAAUGGUUGUUGGUAUUGGAAUUGGCGAGUCUUCGGAUUGUGGGUCAAGAGAUUUAAUGUCCCAAUUGGUUAGUAUGGGUGGGGAUGGGGUGAGACAAGUGAGUUAUUUUGGCGGAGGUGGGUCAAGGAACACGAGCCCGAUUGGUCGAGGGGUUGGGUCGAGGAACGUUAGCCCGUCGAAACAGAAGGUGGUUAAGACAAAACCGAGGGGCUUAGAUGAGGAAAUUGUUGCUAAAUUUUCCAAGCCUCCCCACCCUGAUGUUCAAAUGGAAGAUGAUAUAUGGGCUAUGUUACCUGAAGAUUUAUUGAAUGAAAUAUUAGCUCGAGUCCCACCUUUUAUGAUCUUUCGUCUGCGUUCUGUUUGUAAAAGGUGGAACUCAAUUUUAUUGGAUAAUGGCUUUCUCAAGUUUCAUUCACAAGUUCCUUCCCAUGGACCUUGCCUUCUUACAUUUUGGAAGAAUUCAGAAUCUAAAGUACCUCAAUGUUCGGUUUUUAGCUUGCCAUUAAAGCAAUGGUACAGAAUUCCGUUCACAUUCCUACCUCAAUGGGCUAUUUGGUUGGUUGGAUCUUCAGGCGGGCUUGUUUGCUUUUCAGGUCUUGAUGGGUUAACUUUCAGAACACUAAUCUGUAAUCCUCUCACUCAGGCAUGCAGAAUUCUGCCACCUAUGCAUUAUAAUCAGCAACGACAGUUAACCCUGGUUGUUGAUAGAAAGCAACGGUCUUUCAAGAUUAUAGCUGCAAACGAUCUUUAUGGUGACAAAUUACUGCCCACUGAAGUGUACGACUCCAAACUUAAUAUAUGGUCUGUGCACCAAAAGAUGCCAGCUGUUAAUCUUGGCUCAUCAAAGAUGGCAUUUUGUGAUUCUAGAUUGUAUCUUGAAACGCUUUCGCCUCUUGGGUUAAUGAUGUAUCGGCUUGACACAGGGUAUUGGGAACACAUACCUGCAAAGUUCCCAAGAUCUUUAUUAGACGGGUAUUUGAUUGCAGGCAACAAGAAGCGUUUAUUUUUGGUUGGAAGAGUUGGGCUUUACAGUACUCUUCAAAGUAUGAGAAUAUGGGAGUUAGAUCAUGUGAAAGUGAUGUGGGCUGAAGUUACUAGAAUGCCACCUAAAUACUUUAGGUCUCUCUUGCGGUUAUCUGCAGAAAGAUUUGAGUGUUUCGGACAAAAUAAUCUGAUUCUUUUUACAUCUUGGAAUCAAGGGAAAGGUCUACUUUAUGAUGUGGAUAAAAAGACGUGGUCUUGGAUUGCAGGUUGUGCUCUUCAGCUGUACAAUAGUCAGGUAUGUUUUUAUGAGCCAAGAUUCGACGCUUCAAUCUACUGAAACACCAGCCUUAACUUUGAUGUUAACCUGAAGAAACCGGCUUCUAAAACUUUAUGUGGGUUCAAAUCAGUGACAGGUUGACUUAUAGUCAUUGGUGAAGAAGCCGAUAGUCCAGGGUUGUGUUUAGAAUUGGGUGUGUGCCAGUGUAUCAGAAACUUUUUAUUUCAUUUUUUAAAACUUAUUUAUACUUUACGCAA